GACGCCCACAGGUCAGAUCCGAUCCCAUCGCGCCCUUCAAAAGGCCACCCUCCCCACUCCUCCUCCUCGCUCAUUCCCCCCACAGCCGCCGCCGCCGCCUCCUCAUCAUCAUCUCCUUUCCACGCCGAUCUCCGUCCGCAGACAUGUCGGCCUACUGCGGCAAAUACAAGGACGAGCUCAUCAAGAACGCUGCCUACAUUGGCACUCCCGGCAAGGGUAUCCUUGCUGCGGACGAGUCCACCGGCACCAUCGGCAAGCGCUUCGCCAGCAUCAAUGUGGAGAACGUUGAGGAGAACCGCCGUGCCCUCCGUGAGCUCCUCUUCUGCACUCCCGGUGCCCUCCAGUACCUCAGCGGCGUGAUCCUCUUCGAGGAGACCCUGUACCAGAAGACCAAGGAUGGCAAGCCCUUCGUCGAUGUCCUCAAGGAGGGCGGUGUCCUCCCCGGCAUCAAGGUGGACAAGGGCACCAUCGAGGUCGCCGGCACCGAGAAGGAGACCACCACCCAGGGCCACGACGACCUUGGCAAGCGGUGCGCCAAGUACUACGAGGCCGGCGCCCGCUUCGCCAAGUGGCGCGCGGUCCUCAAGAUCGGCCCCAACGAGCCGUCGCAGCUCGCCAUCGAUCUCAACGCGCAGGGCCUCGCUCGCUAUGCCAUCAUCUGCCAGGAGAACGGGCUCGUGCCGAUCGUCGAGCCCGAGAUCCUCGUCGAUGGCCCUCACGACAUUGACCGCUGCGCCUAUGUCUCCGAGGUGGUCCUCGCCGCGUGCUACAAGGCGCUGAACGAGCACCACGUCCUCCUCGAGGGUACCCUCCUGAAGCCCAACAUGGUCACCCCAGGCUCCGACUCCAAGAAGGUGGCGCCGGAGGUCAUCGCCGAGUACACCGUCUGCACCCUCCAGAGGACCGUCCCUGCCGCCGUGCCGGCCAUCGUUUUCCUGUCCGGUGGACAGAGCGAGGAGGAGGCAACUCUGAACCUCAACGCCAUGAACAAGCUCAGCACCAAGAAGCCGUGGUCCCUGUCCUUCUCCUUCGGCCGCGCCCUCCAGCAGAGCACGCUCAAGGCCUGGGCUGGCAAGACGGAGAACGUCGAGAGCGCCAGGAAGGCCUUCCUUGUCAGGUGCAAGGCCAACUCCGAGGCCACCCUCGGUACAUACAAGGGCGAUGCUGUCCUCGGCGAGGGCGCCUCCGAGAGCCUUCACGUCAAGGACUACAAGUACUGAUUGAUAUAUGCUUCAGGUGGUGGUGAGCAGGCUGUGGUUAGCGUGGUUGGACGUUUUGCGGCUGUUGCUUAGUUCGGUUUUGAUGUCUAGAGCGCAAUCUAUGGUUAUCUUGAUGUCUUGUCUUAAUAAUGUGGAACCUUGAUUUUUAAUACAUUUGAGAAAUAUCAAUUGCCUGAGAA